AUGGGGUUUGAAGAAGUGGGAGGGAUGAGUUACUAUGUGGGAAUUUUGUUGGGAUUAGUGUUGGUUCUGAAAUGGGUUUUGAAGAGUGUGAAUUCGUGGAUGUACGAGAGUGGUUUGGAGAAGAAGACUCGAGAGAGGCUGCCACCAGGUGAUAUGGGGUGGCCGUUCAUCGGCAACAUGUGGGCUUUCCUCAGAGCUUUCAAAUCCACCAAUCCUGAUGCUUUCAUGUCCGAUAUAGUUCGAAGAUAUGGAACCGAGGGAGUAUACAAGUCAUUUAUGUUCGGUAGCCCUAGCAUCAUUGUCACCACUCCCGAAGGAUGUCGAAAAGUGUUGACGGACGACGAUGCAUUCAAGCCAGGGUGGCCAGUUGCCACAGAGGAACUCAUUGGAAAAAAAUCGUUUGUUGGAAUUUCAUACGAAGAGCACAAAAGGCUUCGUAAGUUGACUGCAGCACCAAUCAACGGUCACGAAGCCUUGUCUAUAUACAUGCAGUAUAUUGAGACUAAUGUUGUCUCUACAUUGGAGAAAUGGUCGCAAAUGGGUCGCAUUGAGUUCCUGACUGAACUUCGGAGGUUGACUUUUAAGAUAAUCAUGUAUAUUUUUCUAAGCUCGGAGAGCGAAGAAGUAAGGGAGGCGUUGGAGAAAGAGUACACGGUGCUUAAUUAUGGCGUUAGAGCCCUGGCCAUCAAUUUUCCCGGCUUUGUGUACUAUAAAGCCCUUAAGGCACGAAAGAAUCUUGUGACUGUUUUGGGAAAAAUAGUGCACAACCGUAGGAUGAAACGUGAGGAGGCUCAAGGGAUGACUAAAAAGGACAUGCUCGACGCUCUCUUGGACACUAAAGAUGAGAAUGGAAAAAAACUAGAUGAUGAGGAAAUCAUUGAUACAUUGGUCAUGUACCUAAAUGCCGGUCAUGAAUCUUCGGGGCACAUCACUAUGUGGACAACCGUCCAUCUCCAAGAACACCCCGAGUUCUUCCAAAAAGCCAAGGAAGAACAAGAGAGGAUUGUGAAGAAUAUGCCCCCGGGGCAAAAGGGUUUGACCCUAAAAGAGUAUCGUCAGAUGGAGUAUCUCUCAAAGGUGAUUGAUGAAACACUUCGUUUGUUGACGUUUUCAGUCAUGACGUUCCGUGAAGCGAAAAAAGACUUUGAGAUGAAAGGUUACACCAUUCCUAAAGGAUGGAAAGCAGUGUUGUGGUUUAGGAGUGUUCACCACAACCCUGAAAUUUAUCCUGAUCCCAAAGCAUUUAAUCCUUCAAGAUGGGAUGAUGUUGUACCAAAAGCGGGAACUUUCCUUCCAUUUGGAGCAGGAAGCAGACUUUGCCCUGGAAAUGACCUUGCCAAGCUUGAGAUUGCCAUCUUCCUCCACCAUUUUCUGCUCAAUUAUAAGCUUGAGAGGGAGAAUCCAGAAUGCCCAUUGAUGUAUUUGCCUCAUACAAGGCCCACGGACAAUUGUGUGGGAAGGAUUAUUAAGGUUUCUAAAUGAAGGAGUUUAAGGAAGAAGGGUAGAUUUGGAAAUUAGAUAAGGUUUAAAUAAGUCAAAUCAUGUUGUUGGUUGUGGACAAUAUUACCCUUUCAAUUGGAAGUAUUCUAAUUAUUUUGGUUGUG